AUGGCGAGUGACGUAGAAGUCGUUCAAAAUGUUCUUAAAGAUCUGAUUGGUCACGUCUGUGAAGAAGUCGACUAUAUAUCGGUAUUUCCUCAUUUAUAAUUUUUAAAUUUCAAUAUUUUCAAGGAUGAUGAAAAUAGUUUUUACGAAUGGGAUUUCCAUGAACUUGUCGAAACGGGUACUCUUCCACCUGACGAAUUGUACAGGUUUCUUUUUUAUUGUUUUGAACUUUGCUACGAAUUGUAAUUCAAGGGUUCUGGAAGACUACUAUCUCACCACGGAUCAUCAUUAUCACUGGAAGAGAACGCCGUUGACUGCGGAUUCUCCCCCUGAGGGGUAGGAAAUAUAUAUAGAAAACUCCAAAAAGUUUUCAAAUUUUAGUGCUUAUUCGAGGCUCGGGAAUGCUCGAUUCAGCGUGCACCAUUCAUUUUACACUCCGAGUUAUUUGCGCGUUGGAGAUGGAAAAAAAUUGUCUGCCGGUUAUUGAUUAUUACAGUAUUUCGUUAUUAUGAUUUUUUUAAGAUGCAAUGAUCAUCGAUGCAAAUCGACACUUUGCAUUAAGGAUGGAAAUUAUGAGGUUUUCGGGGAAUGCAAUCAUCUUUGUUGGCCGGAACACGACGCGGUAUGUUUUUAAGAAGAAAAAAAUAGUUUUUCAUUAUUUAUUUAAGAUUUCUUUUUUUAGACUUAGCCUCAAUUUUGAAUUUCAGGCUUAAAUAAGACUUUAUAAACUUCGGAGAACAACCCGUGACUAAAAAAAUACGAUAAUUAUGAAAAAUUUCAAAUAAUUUUUUCGGAAGUGCGCCAAUGAUGAGAAGAAGCAUAAGUAUAAAUGCAGUUAUCUGUUUUUCUCUAAAAAGAAAAAUUCUAUUUGGCUUUUUUUCAAAAAAAUAUAACCUUUUUACUAUGGACUAUGAAUGCAAAAAUUCAGGAAAGUUAAAAUUUUUCAAACUUGGUUAUUGUUUUAGCAUUUUAUUGAAAAAAUGGAAGCUUUUCAUGACCGAAAAUCAUUGCGCAAGCAAAAAAAAGAUUAUUUUGAACCUAAAUAGUUAUCAAUCUUGAAAGUUCUUUUUAUUUUUUUAUUUUUUUCGAAAAAAAGGUUGAACUUUCUUAGAUACUACUCGAAAUGAGCGUAUGCGGAUAUCGAUAGAGAAAGGCUUGAAAAGGUUCAAUUUCUACUUUUCACGUAACUUGUUCCAGACUGUACUUGAGCCAUUUCAUGCGCCUCCAUGGGUUUCUCCGCUUUUCUGUCAUUGAACAUACAAAAAAAGGAAAAAAGAAAACGCAGAUUCAGUCAUAUUUUUUGGCGUUAUCCACCAUCUUCCCUGAUUUUCAGGUCGAAAAAGUCGUUCGAAAGGCCAAAAUUGAGCGUUUGCAAGGGGUUUCUGAAGAUGAAUGCGUUUUUCACAUUUAUGAGAACACGCCAGAUUUUGCUAUGA